CUGGCAUGCUGUGAGGAGGAAGGGACUGGAGGUUGUGUGAGGGACAGGAAGGAGCGAGCCAGAACUGCAGAAGGAAGAGAGAAGGAGAGAAAGAGCCAGAGCUUCGUGGAGCUCCCCAUGGGAUGCUACCUAGAAAAGCUCCUGUCUACACGAGUUUGUAUGGGAGUUGCACAACUUACUUCCAGCAAGGCAAAGCUGGAAGUUUUCCUGUUCAUCUAGAAAGGGUAUCAAACCUUAAAAUGAGAGAUGCAUGAUUCAGCGUUGGUUUUGAUUGACUUUCAGACUUGUCUAUCAACACGUUUCUUCUUCUAUGCAAAAAUAGUGCAUAGGAUAUCCAAAAUAAUGGAAAAAAGGAACGGUGCGCAAUUGCUUUAGCAAUGAGAAGAGAACGGAUUGGAAUUGGCUCAGCAUGGAAAUAUGAUCGUGGUGAAUACUUGGAAUCUGAGCUUCAUGAUGUGUUUGGAGUGGUGGCAGAUAAGAGGAGCAUCAGAAAAAAGCCCAGGCUUUCCUGAGGAAGUGUUAAUGCAGCUGCAGGAUCAAGCUAAAAAGUGAUGUCCUUCACCACCUGAUACCUGCAAAGCUCCAGGCCCUUUUUGGAAAGCUUCAAAGAUUAAACCGCAGUAUUACUGCGAAAGUGACCAAUGCAGGUGCAGUAAGAAAGGAUUCUGCCCUGAGGGGAGGCGUGGGAAGCUCCGGUGUAACACACUGGAUGUCUCAGGAGUGAUGUGUCCGUGAUUAAUACGUUCAGGAGGGGCUGUUGUGCAACAGAACACUGAACAGGCAGUGGAACAGUUCUGUAGCAGCAUCGAUGAGGAAGCAGUUUCAGCCCUGUUUCCUUGCUUCUUUCAGCAGAACUGCAGUUGGUUCCCAAUGGCCUGGGCUCAAGACCCUUGCUUCAAGAAAGCUGUCUAGACCUUCAAGCUGUCAUACACAGAUCUUUACUGCAAAGGAGAAAGAUAGCCUGCUAAUUGCAGGCGUAUUGCUGCCUCUGGACAAAAAGCCAAAGUCCCUCCUUGGCAAAAUGAGGAGACAUGAUGGCAAAAUGGAAAGCUGAGAGUGUUUUGACAGGUGGAAAUACAAAUCCUGUACAAGAUCCAUCUCAGGGAAGGCAGAUGAUCUCAGUACUGAAUGAACUGAUGUUUUCCAAAGCACCUGAGGAGCAUUCCAGAGCAGCGGCUGUACAAAGCCACUGCUCCUUCUUCUAAUUGUGUGCAGUUUAAUUUGCCACAGGAAUCUAAGCAUCAAAUGGACAUCAAGAGUGCACCUGAGAAGUAUCCAGCAUUACCCUUUUUGAAGCAUAGUGGCAGGAUCAUGGAAGGAGUGCUGCACUGCUUUAUUGCCCUGUGACCCUUCUCUUCGGAUCAAAUGGAGAAUUUUAACCUCUGAGGACAAAAUGGCCAAAAUGGAGGUCAAGACGUCGCUUUUAGACGACAUGAUAGGGGUGGGAGAUAUGGUUCUUUUAGAGCCACUUAAUGAAGAGUCCUUCAUCAAUAACCUGAAGAAGCGCUUUGAUCACGAUGAAGUUUAUACGUACAUUGGCAGCGUGGUGAUAUCAAUAAACCCCUACAGAUCUCUACCCAUUUAUACUCCAGAGAAAGUAGAAGAAUACAGAAACCGAAACUUCUAUGAACUCAGUCCUCACAUCUUCGCUCUGUCUGAUGAAGCUUACAGGUCUUUAAGGGACCAGGACAAAGACCAAUGCAUCCUUAUUACGGGAGAGAGUGGAGCUGGGAAAACAGAGGCAAGCAAACUUGUCAUGUCAUAUGUAGCUGCUGUGUGUGGAAAAGGGGCAGAGGUUAAUCAAGUAAAAGAACAACUUUUGCAAUCAAAUCCAGUCCUUGAAGCUUUUGGCAAUGCGAAAACUGUGCGGAAUGACAACUCCUCUAGAUUCGGAAAAUACAUGGAUAUUGAGUUUGAUUUCAAGGGUGACCCACUUGGGGGAGUAAUAAGCAACUAUCUGCUAGAGAAGUCUCGUGUUGUUAAGCAGCCAAGGGGUGAAAGAAACUUCCACAUUUUCUAUCAGAUCCUGUCUGGUGCAUCGGAUGAGUUUCUCUGCAAACUCAAGCUGGAGAGGGACUUCAGCAGAUACAACUACCUGGGCCUUGAUUCUGCCAGAGUGAAUGGAGUGGAUGAUGCUUCAAACUUCAGAACAGUCAGGAAUGCAAUGCAGAUUGUCGGGUUUAUGGAUCAUGAAACACAGUCGGUUUUUGAAGUAGUGGCAGCCGUUUUGAAAUUGGGAAAUAUCGAAUUUAAGCCUGAAUCUCGUGCAAAUGGCCUAGAUGAAAGUAAAAUCAAAGAUAAAAAUGAACUCAAGGAAAUCUGCGAGCUGACAGGUAUAGACCAGUCUGUAUUGGAGAGAGCUUUCAGCUUCAGGACGGUUGAGGCCAAACAAGAGAAAGUUUCAACAACACUAAAUGUGGCUCAGGCUUAUUAUGCCCGUGAUGCUCUGGCUAAGAAUUUAUACAGUCGGCUGUUCUCCUGGCUUGUUACCAGGAUCAAUGAGAGCAUUAAGGCACAAACAAAAGUGAGAAAGAAGGUAAUGGGGGUGCUGGACAUCUAUGGCUUUGAAAUUUUUGAGGACAACAGCUUUGAGCAAUUCAUUAUCAACUACUGUAAUGAGAAGUUGCAGCAGAUCUUCAUUGAGCUUACCCUCAAAGAAGAGCAGGAGGAAUACAUCCGAGAGGGGAUUGAAUGGACUCAUAUCGAAUAUUUCAACAAUGCUAUCAUUUGUGACCUAAUAGAAAAUCACCAAACUGGAAUCCUGGCCAUGCUGGAUGAAGAAUGCCUGAGACCAGGAACUGUUACUGAUGACACCUUUUUAGAAAAACUGAACCAGGUGUGUGCCACUCACCAGCAUUUUGAGAGCAGGAUGAGCAAGUGCUCCCGGUUCCUCAACGACACCUCCCUGCCUCACAGCUGCUUCAGGAUUCAGCAUUACGCUGGCAAGGUUAUGUACCAGGUGGAAGGAUUUGUUGACAAAAAUAAUGAUCUUCUGUACCGUGACCUCUCCCAGGCCAUGUGGAAGGCCAACCACUCCCUUAUCAAAGCGUUGUUCCCAGAAGGAAACCCUGCUAAGAUCAAUCUGAAGAGACCACCAACGGCAGGUUCACAGUUCAAGGCUUCAGUUGCUACCCUGAUGAAAAAUCUCCAGACAAAAAAUCCAAACUACAUCAGGUGCAUCAAGCCCAAUGACAAAAAGGCUGCGCACAAUUUCAACGAUGCCCUGGUGUGCCACCAGAUCCGGUACCUCGGGCUCCUGGAGAACGUGCGGGUCAGGAGGGCGGGCUACGCCUUCCGGCAGCCCUACGAGGCCUGCCUGGAGAGGUACAAAAUGCUCUGCAAGCAGACCUGGCCCCACUGGAAAGGGCCAGCCAGGGCUGGAGUAGAGGUGCUGUUUAAUGAAUUGGGAAUCCCUGAAGAGGAAUUUUCAUUCGGUAGAUCAAAGAUAUUCAUCCGCAACCCAAGAACACUCUUUAAACUAGAAGACCUGAGAAAGCAGCGUUUGGAGGACUUGGCUACUCUAAUUGGAAAGAUUUACAGAGGUUGGAAGUGCCGUACUCGCUUCUUGUUAAUGAAAAGAAGCCAGACUGUGAUCGCUUCCUGGUACAGGAGAUACGCACAACAAAAGAAAUACCAGAAGACAAAGAGUUCGACUAUUACAAUACAGUCCUACGUCAGAGGGUGGAAGGCUCGGAAGCUUCUUCGGGAGCUCAAGCAUCUGAAGCGCUGUAAUGAGGCCGCCACAGUAAUUGCUGCUUAUUGGCAUGGUACCCAGGCACGAAGGGAACUGAGACGACUGAAAGACGAGGCUAGAAAUAAACAUGCUAUUGCUGUUAUUUGGGCUUUCUGGCUUGGAUAUAAGGCUCGGCGGGAGUUGAAACGCUUGAAGGAGGAGGCUAGGCGUAAGCAUGCUGUGGCACUCAUUUGGGCUUACUGGCUUGGACUGAAGGUCCGCAGAGAAUACAGGAAAUUCUUCAGAGCCAAUGCUGGGAGAAAAAUUUAUGACUUUACCGUUCAGAGACUUAUGCAAAAGUACUUCUUGGAAAUGAAGAAUAAGAUGCCUUCUUUAUCACCAAUAGAUAAAAACUGGCCAGCGAGGCCUUACCUUUUCUUGGAUUCAACUCACAAGGAGCUGAAGAGGAUUUUCCAUUUGUGGAGGUGUAAAAAGUACAGAGAUCAGUUCACAGAUCAGCAGAAGCUUGUAUAUGAGGAAAAACUGGAAGCAAGUGAACUUUUCAAGGACAAGAAGGCUUUAUAUCCAGCCAGUGUUGGGCAGCCGUUCCAAGGGUCUUACUUGGAGAUCAGCGAGAACCCCAAGUACAAAAAACUCAAAGAUGCCGUGGAUGAAAAGAUCAUCAUUGCAGAAGUUGUGAACAAGAUCAAUAGAGCCAAUGGGAAGGCUGCAUCCAGGAUUUUCUUAUUAACCAAAAAUUAUGUUCUUCUUGCUGAUCAAAAAUCUGGGACUAUCAAGUCAGAGGUUCCACUGGGAGACGUGACCAAAGUGUCCAUGAGCUCCCAAAAUGAUGGAUUCUUUGCAGUGCACCUCAAGGAGGGUUCAGAAGCCGCCAGUAAAGGAGAUUUCCUGCUCAGCAGUGAUCACCUUAUUGAGAUGGCCACUAAACUUUACCGCACUACUCUCAGCCAAACCAAACAGAAGCUCAACAUUGAGAUAUCUGAUGAGUUCCUGGUCCAGUUCAAACAAGACACAGUGUGUGUGAAGUUCAUACAAGGCAGCCAGAAAAACGGCAACAUCCCAACUUGCAAGCGAAAAAACAAUCGGCUUCUCGAAGUGGCUGUCCCUUAACUGCAGCUGGUGACUCUCCCUUUCAUGGACUUGUUUCUCUGUAAUAGUGCAAUUUUAGUGGUUUGGUUUUGCUAUUUUUAUCCUUUUCUGGAGCUGUUGAUGGCUAAUAGCUUUAGAAACCCUUGGCAAAACAUUUGAUCGAUCGACUUUGAAAUCUUUUUGCUCGUGCCAGAGUUUUAACCCUCAUAAUGCAGAUUUUUGUCCAGUGAGGCGUUUUUACCAGCUGGCACAUAUCUGUCAUACAACCAAUCAUUCCCUUUGUUUAGCAGCCGUAUUUUAGUGCAGCAUAUCAUAAACCCACAUAUUAAUGAUAAUUUACUCAUAUUCCUUAGUGCAGAGAUCUGCUUAACAGGAAUUAUACAGGGCCUUGGUGCUGGGUGGCCAUUGUGUCCUUUUAUCCCAAGCUGUCCAGGUGUCCUCGUGUCCCGCCCCUGUGCAGACCAGCACAGCAGAGGCUGAUACAACUACUCCUGUAGCUCACACUAGGACCUGUGGAACUCUGCCUUCCCAUCAGCACAGCGCAGCGACAUCUAAUUCUGCAAAAUAGAAGGAAUAGAUGAUUGCACAAGCAGCUACAUGCAUAAUUUUGUAGUAAAACAUGCGGAAAUUUCGAAACAGCAUUUUUAAUUAGGUCAGAUGUUUUUAAUGACUUUAUAAAGUAGGGAUCAGCAGAAUUAAAGAAGCUUUUUCUUUUCUUUUUUUUUUCACAGAAGCUUUAAAGUUCAAGGCGUAUUUUCUGUUCUGCUCUUCUUCUUUUAAAUUAUGAGUUAAGAUUAGAGCCUGAAAAAUGCAAUAGUAUUCAUAACACAAGUAAGUGCUAGUUAUUUAAACAGUUAGUUAUCAAGUGAAAGGUUUGAGCCUUUCUUUUAAAUAUUGGCAUGUACAAUGUGCAAUAAAGCAUACGUGACAUUUUGUGAGAUUAUUUAUAAUACACUUUUGUGUGGAAGAGAGAGGAUUGGUGCAGACUGCAAAGACAGUAUAGGGGUUAAAACAGAUCUGUGUUGUUAAUUUGCGGUUUUUAGAGUGUACACUACAGUUGUCAAUUUGGGAAGAAUACUUAGAAUUAAAAAAAAAAUCCUUAAUUUGGGGGUCUGUAUAUAAAUUGGUAUUAUGGUAAUAAAACUGUUCUAAUUCCGUGCUGUUUGGUACUGCUAUGUUAUAACCAUAUUUUUGUACUCCAAACUAUUUUAUAUAACUCCAUGUGCCUGAUGUAAAUGCGUGCACAGAAAAUACAAUCAAGGGCCGCGUUAUAAACCCUCAGUGUAACCGAUUGCACUUAAUCUUCUAUAAGCCAGAAGCAUCAGCUGAAAUCCCUGAGAGGGGGGAUGAUUUUCCAGAGGGAAGGAACUGCUCACGUGAAGGGUUUGUGGGAUGUGACCGUGAUUUGUCGAUGCGAGGACGGAGAGAGUGCGUUGUAUCUUUGCAGUCUGAUAUAGGACAGAGUUAAGACCCUGGCUAUCUGAUGUGCAGUGCUGGAAGUCCAAGCAUAAAUAAAAGAAAGAGAAUGAAAA